AGACAGACAGAGGGAAUAGAGAGAGAGCAGAGAGGGACAGAGGGAAUAGAGAGAGAGCAGACAGACAGAGGGAAUAGAGAGCGCAGAGAGGGACAGAGGGAAUAGAGAGAGAGCAGAGAGGGACAGAGGGAAUAGAGAGAGAGCAGACAGACAGAGGGAAUAGAGAGAGCGCAGAGAGGGACAGAGGGAAUAGAGAGAGAGACAGAAUGGAAUUGGGCAGGAGCUGGUUCUUGCUGGUCACCGUGGGGCUCCUGGGGGGGGCACAGGCCCAGGUACCACUGGCUGAGCUCUCGGACCUACAGAACAAGGCCGUGACCCUCGCGGCGGAGAAUUUACACAGCAAAACAUUUGUCAACAAACGAUUUCAGAUCUUCUCUGUACUGGAAGCAGAACAAGGGGAUUACUCUGCUGGGAUUUUCGUGCGUUUGAAUCUACUGAAGAAACAGACCGACUGCCCCAAGACUCAGUGGGAAGGGAGAGAGUGCAGGGCUGUGAAUAACGGGAGAGUGUUCGACUGCUCCGUCUGCGCCAAGUACGAGUACGACAGCCACGCGCUCCUAACCAGCUUCAUAGACUGCGUCCUGAGUAACCACGUCAAUCCGGAGCGCCAGCGCAAACGCUCAGAUCAGUGCAAGCUGGUGAAGCGCAGGAAUGAGGGGCUGGCACUGCCGGGGUCCAUGAGUUUCUCAAAGUCACAUAAGUGAUGAGUCUCUGCACCAUCCAGCCAAUCCCCGGAGGGGGAAUCACGUGACUGGUGGAUAUUGGUAGCCGGACGCUCUCUCCCUGUAGCCUCUCACCUCGGAUGCCAGUGUUGGAAUGAAUGGGCCGCACACUCUCUGCCUGUGAAUAACAGAUAUAAGGAUCCGGCUCUGGGAAUCAUAUUCUUAUCUAUCACAGCUGAUAUCUGACCUGCAUGGGAAUAAAUAUAUAUAUAUAUAGUAUUGGGCACGUGUGGGAUUCUCCUGUUUUAUUCACAUGAGAGAAGAGAACUGAUUAAAUCUAAUAAUAAUAAUAAUA